UUUGCGACAUUCGUGCCUCGAGAGCAAUGAGUGAUACUAUUCGUUUACUACUGUCCUUGGGGUUGUACCAAAUUUGCUAUCCAGUGCAGGGAAAUACUGCAAAAAUAGGGCACUAUUCACAAUCAUUAAUUGAUUCAAUUGUGGAUUUGUAUAUGGGCAACAGCAGCACCUUCAACAACAUGAACAAAGCGAACAGUACAUAUAAGGUAAACGAUAGCAGUGUCUUAGUGCCCGCCUAUAUACUGCUGAUCUUGUGGAUAAUAUGCAUAGUUAUCAUAAUCUGCUGUUGUUUGUACUGCAAGUGUAAACAGGCUGAAAUGAUGACAUCCUACACAUCCAACAAUUUUGAGCUACAGGAAGUACAUGUGAUGGAUCACCCAUUGCCCCACGUCAAGGGCUGCGUUUGCCUAUGUUGUCUGCAGCAACAGCUUGCAAAGGAGAUGCAGCUGAAAAGGGAAUGUUAAAGAGCAGCGUGGAAAAUAAAUCGAUCUUUAAUGUUAAACAUUUUAAGUUUUUAGUAACAAUGCGUGAAUUUCAUUGCAGUAAGGCACAGAAAACAUGAAUAAAGA